AUGGCGCCCAAGUAUGUGCUCCACUACUGGCCCUCGAUCCCUGGACGCGGCGAAUACAUUCGCCUUGCCUUUGAGGCGACCGGCACGGCCUACACGGAGAGCAACGAACCAAAGACGCUGCUCAAGCACGUCAUGUCGUGCAGCAAGGUCGGCCAUCCGCCACACUUUGCACCGCCCGUCCUCGAGAUCCAGCUCGAAGCCGCCAGAAGCACCAAGUCGAGAAAGACGGAGACGAGCGAGGACGUCAAGAGCUCGUCCCCCUUUUUCCUCUCCCAGACCCCCGCCAUCCUGGCUUACCUCGCCCCGCAUCUCGGCCUCGAUGGUGUAAAAAAGGGGAAGAAUGAGGAGGACCCGGAGGUGGACCAGAUCAGGCGCGCCCAGGUCAACCAGAUCACCCUCACCAUUCUUGACCUGAACAGCGAGGUGCACGACUCCCACCACCCGGUUGCGUCUUCAGCAUACUACGAAGAGCAAGUCCCAGAGGCGAAGAAGCGCGCCGAGGACUUGCGCAAGGUCCGCCUGCCCAAGUUUCUGAAGUUGUUUGAAGAGACAAUCGCGAGCAACGAAGAUGAAGAUCAUCUCUACGGAAGCAGCCUCACGACAGCCGACCUUGCUCUGUUCCAGCUCAUCGAUGGCAUCCAAUUUGCCUUUCCCAAGCGUGCAGCCGCCCUGGAGAAGUCUGGCAAGUACGCAAAGGUGUUUGCGCUCAAGCAGGCGGUGGCCAAGCUGCCAAAGAUCAAGGCCUACCUCGAAAGCGAGCGGCGCCUUCCCUACAGCGAUGGUAUCUUCCGUCACUAUCCAGAGCUCGACGGUGAAGACUAG